CCUGUGGCCAUCAAGAUUCUUGACAAGGACAAGGUCCUUCAGCACAAAAUGGCUGAACAGAUUAGACGGGAGAUAGCGACGAUGAAGUUGGUUAAACAUCCAAAUGUUGUCCAAUUACAUGAGGUUAUGGCAAGCAAGACCAAGAUAUUCAUUGUUUUCGAGUUUGUGACAAAAUUGGGAGUCUUCCACAGGGACCUAAAGCCUGAAAAUUUACUAUUGGAUGCUGCUGGGAACCUCAAAGUUUCUGAUUUUGGAUUAAGUUCUCUCUCCCAGCACGUCAGGGUCCUCAAUGGUCGAUGCUAUGAUGGAGCACCAGCAGACUUGUGGUCCUGUGGAGUCAUACUCUUUGUAUUACUCGCAGGUUACUUGCCUUCUGAUGACUCUAAUGUUAUGAACCUUUAUCAAAAAAUAUCUUCUGCUGAGUUCACUUGCCCUCCUUGGCUUUCACUUGGAGCCAUGAAGUUAAUCACCCGAAUACUCGAACCAAAUCCCCUCAGACGCAUUAGUAUACCAGAGAUAUUGACGGAUGACUGGUUUAAGAAAGAUUACAAACCGCCAGUAUUUGAUGAGAAAGAAGGUACCAAUUUGGAUGAUGUGGAAGCUGUGUUUAAAGAUUCCGAGGAAUAUCAUGUGAUGAUGGAGAAAAAGGAGGAGCAGCCAACUGCAAUGAACGCCUUUGAGUUAAUUUCCAUGUCAAAAGGUCUCAAUCUUGGGAAUCUAUUCGAUCCAGAACAGGGUUUCAAGAAGGAAACAAGGUUCACGUCUAGAUGCCCAGUUAAUGAGAUUAUCAAUAAAAUCGAACAAGCGGCAAAACCUCUAGGAUUUGGUGUUCAGAAGAAGAACUACAAGGUCAGAAAAGCUAAGGGAGACACUUUGGAGUUCAACAAGUUCUACAAGACGCUAUCAACCAGCCUUCAGGACGUAGUUUGGAAGACUGAAGAUGACAUGCAACAAGUGAAGUAAAGAUGCAGCUAACAAAUAUGUAAAUUGCUCGUUUACCAUUCUUUCGUUUGUUUGUCUCUGUAAUCUCUCAUGGGGCCUUUUUUUGCCGGGAGGGAAAAUGUUCGUGUGGUGAGCUGUUUUUUCUUCGGGAUUG